AUGCCCUCGCAGCGUUGCCCAACCUGCAAAGGCAGCUAUAGAGACCUCCUAGAGCAUAUACGCAAAAAACACCCUGCCGAGACCUAUACAGACCGGCAGCUACAGCCCCUUGGCUUAGUCAGCUGCCCUUAUUGCGGCACAGCCUGCCGGGGCUCUCACGGCAUCAAGACCCAUAGUGCUAAGAUCCACGGCAUAGAAGGUCAAGCCCAUAUUUCUACCUUACCUAGGCCAAGGACCUAUAUAGCUACUAGGGCUACUAGUGCCUCUAGGGCCUCUUUAGCUUCUUCUAUUAGCCCUACUAGGCCUAAUCAGGCUAGCCCGGGCUUAGUCAGCUAUAGAGGCCUUAUAGGAAGAAAGAGACCAGCAAGAACCCCUUCUCCACAGCUACAAAGACCUACAAGGCGGCAAAGGCAGCUACAGCCUAGCCCUACCCUAGAGAGGCCUUCUUCAGAGGAGCCUACCCUAGAGGAGCCUACCCUAGACCGACCAAGCUCGAGGGAAAGCUAUAGGUCUUUUUCUAGCUAUGAAGAAAGGGGAAGACCCUCUAGCCCUAGGUCCUCGAGCCCUGCACCCUCGAGCCCUGCACCUUCUAGCCCUAGGCCCUCUAGCCAGGGACCCACUCUAGAGCCUCUAGAAGAAUCUACCCUAGAGCCCCUAGAGCCCCCAGAGGAGCCUACCCUAGAGCCCAAAGAGCCUAUAGAGCCCGAAGAGCCUAUGGAGCCCAAAGAGCCUAUAGAGCCCGAAGAGCCUAUGGAGCCCGAGGAGCCUACCCUAGAGGAGAGCCUACAGUCCCUUGAGCAGCCCCCCAAGGCAGCUAGACCCUCUAUAGCCCCUAGCCCGGCUCAGAAGGCAGCUAGGCUACUAGAGAGAGGCUACCUAGGCCGGGCUGCUAGGGCUCUUAUUGACCCGACCCCUAUAGCGCCUAAUUCAACGGAAAAUAGGGCUAGGCUGCUAGAAAAGCACCCUAUCGGCUCAAAAGACCCCUUCCAAGGGAAGACCCGCCCUAGGGCCGGCCAACUAAUCACAUCAGAGAUAAUUAUAGCAGCUAUAGCCUCUAUAGGCAAGGAAAAGGCCCCGGGCCUUAGUGGCUAG